AUGGCAAAUUUGCAGCGUGAACUGGAUCCCAGCUUCGAGCUUGUCUUCGUAGACGGACCGUUCGAGUGCGAGCGAGGCCCUGGCGUUCCGGAGUACAUCAGCGGCCCCUUUUACUCCCAUACGCAAGGAUAUUCUCCUGCUCAGAUAGCACAGGCGGUUGACUACCUUGAAGACCUGCUCGAGGACGAAGGCCCCUUUGACGGCAUCUUCGGGUUCAGCCAGGGGGCAGCGCUGACGCUGUCAUAUUUCUACCGACAACAAGCAUCCGCCAGCUCUCUACGAGCCAGGUUUGCCUGUCUCUUCUCAGCAGUGAUGCCGUGUAGCCCCGACGAGGGUAUGGGAGAUUCAAUAAUAUCAAGGCUGCGAGCUCUAGAGUACGACAUCACGGAUCGAACAAGGCGCAACGACGAGCAUCUGACACCGGCGGAGCAGGAGUUUGUAGACGUGCUACAACUGACGAUGGUCGAAGCUUUCAUCCACGAUCCUCUCUUCCCUUGGACCGACCUGGAUGUCUAUCGACACGGACAGCACGAUGCCAUCCCCCGAGUGAUGUAUCCAUCGUUGCUGGCACACAAGAUUCAGAUCCCAACCGUCCAUGUUUGGGGGCAGAACGACGCUGAGUACAUGAUCAAGAUGGCCGAAGUCGCUCGCAGCCUAUGCGAGGAUUCGAUGGCAAAGACGGUCUUACAUGCUGGCUCGCACGACGUUCCGAAACGACAGGCUGAGAUCAAAGCUGUAGUUCGAACAUUCGAUUGGCUCCUGGCUCAGUUAUAG